UCCUGGGCUUCUCACGUCCUGGGUUUUUCACUGUACUUACUGUGAAUGGUGCGUGGGAGAGUACUGGUUUCUUGGCCGCUGGCGGGCAGCGGGAAGGACUUCCUGCGCCCCCGAACCUGCGGCGGAAGUGCAAGCCUAGCGUCUUGAGGCAGAGUGCUUCCUUUAGUAACUAGUCUAAAAAACUCGAACGCAUGGGAUCUUUCUCAAUUGUUGGAAGCUGAACUGGGACUCAGGGAAGGGAACUAUGGCAAGCUAAGGAGGCCAUAUGCCAUGUAACUUCCAGAUCUCAUGUCAACACCAAGCCCUCAGCUGCUGGUGGCAGCUGCUCAGCGGACUCUGGGCAUGGGGAAGAGAAAAUGCCCACCUCGAGCUACCUGCCUUCACCUAGCAGGAGAGGUGCUGGCUGUGGUCCGUGGGCUGAAGCCAGCUGUACUCUAUGACUGCAACUCCGCAGGAGUAUUGGCGCUCCAGAGCUAUCUGGAGGAACUACAGGGGCUGGGCUUCCUGAAGCCAGGACUUCACAUUCUUGAGAUUGGAGAGAAUAAUCUCAUCGUCAGUCCUGAGUAUACCUGUCAGCAUUUGGAACAGACACUGCUUGGUACUGUAGCUUUCGUGGAUGUUUCCUGCUCCCAGCCUCAUCCUUCUGUCCGGUCAUUGGACCAGCUCCCAGGCUUGAAAUCUCUCAUAACUGACAUCAUCACACGUUUUCAAGAACUGCAGAAGGGCGUGUCUCCUGGAGUCUCCUACAGCAAGCUCCAUUCCUCAGACUGGAAUCUCUGCACUUUAUUUGGAAUACUCCUGGGCUAUCCCGUCUCUUACACAUUUGACCUGAACCAUGGAGAAGGCAACUGCUUAACCAUGACUCCCCUGCGGGUGUUUACUGCCCAGAUUUCAUGGCUGCCUGGCCAACCUCCAGUCCUGCUGUACUCCUUUAGUGUUCCAGAGAGUUUGUUCCCAUCGCUGAGGAAUUUUCUAAGUGCCUGGGAGAAGGAACUCAGAACCCGAUUUAGGGCUCAGAAUGCCUUUGCUGACCUCAGCAUUUCCUCCGAGGUGGUCACACUUCCUGCCGUGGCCCUCUGAGUUAAUUCUGCCAGUUGAGAAGGUAUCUGCAUGGUUAUCUCUGGGUGGAAGAUGCCAGCCAGGAUCAUUCUAAGUGUCCUGGGGAGAAUGCUGUGCAGUCAGCUGACCACAUGUGCGAAUGGGGGUUGUUGUUGGUGUCAGCAGUAUGACCCCAUCAUUAGGAGUUCCUAGGUCCUUAGCAGAGGUGCCUGUUUGUUCUUCAUUUCGUAAGAGAUAGAAGAGUGGGAAAGGAGUGUUGUGGAGACUUAAGCAGUACACCCUUGGUGGUGGCCUCCCUCCGUGGAUAGUGCCCUAGAGGGAAGGAGAAUGACUAGGUAGUCUACAUGAUUAUGGAACUGACUGAAUCAGGGUAUGAGACCAUGCUGUUUAAGGGCCACACUUGUGGUUUACUUCUCAGGAAUACACAGCUCUAAAGAGCAGUCUUGUGAGACAAAGUUUAUUUACAGCAUGGUGGGAAAAAUAAAGCUAGGGGUCCAGAUUCAUUUGGAGGGAAAAACCUAAGCUAUAAAGUACCAAACCUCAAGUUUUUUCAUGGAGUUGUUUGCUUCUGAAUUUUACUUCAGAUAGAUGCCAGGAGUUCUUCAGAUGACCAGGUUGCCUUUGUUUGCCAGGAACACGGCCAGUGCUGUAGCAAUCACCACCACCAGCGCUGGGAGCCAUUGGCUACACUGCCGCUGUAUGGAAGGAGGUGGAGACAAGAGAGAGUAGCCAUGUCACUUCCAUUGAGAUAAAACCCGUUUACUAGUGGCCUAGAGAUUCACAUCUGACUGGGGACAGAUAUUUAAAUGCUGCUAUGAAUAAUGGAAAGGUGGAAAAUAACUCAACAGAAUAGCACUCUCUUUGUGUGCCUCAAAUAGUUUUGUGGUCCUCCUCUGCCCUUGUCAUUGUGUUCACAAUAAAUCAAAAGAAUACGCUUUCAUGCUUGAACCAAUA